CUGCUGUGUACCAUCACUUGCAGUUAAACAAAUUCGCGGCAAUGAGUUGAACGUUUUUCAGAAUAGUGUGUAGCCAAUUUUUACGAAACAUCAAUUUUAUUUAAAUUUUUCAAAAAUAUAAAUUAUAAAGUGAAGUAAUUUAAGAAUUGACUUAAAAGUUUAAAUAUGAUACUGUAAACGUAAAUAAAUAAAUUGUGAAUAUUGAAAAGUGCGAUAAUUAAAAACUGCGUUUUUGUUAAUAUUUGUGAUCAAGAUGAGUUUAAGUCGUUUGGGAGGUGCUCUGAAGUUUGAUUCGGUGAAAGUUAGUCAGUGUAGUGCAUUAGUUGCAAAACUUUGGGGACCUUGUAUUCGGGAAGUGAACACGAGCAGUUCAAAUCGGGCUGUUGCACAACACAACAGUAAACCAGAUUGGAAUAGGGCCGUUAGCGAGGCUGAGAAGAUCGUUGGCUAUCCGACCUCCUUCCUUAGCCUGCGAUGGGUGCUCAGUGAUGAAAUUGCGAAUGUCGCUUUGCACUUACGAAAACUUGUUGGAAGUAAUCAUCCGUUGCUCAAAACCGCAAAGAAUCUCAUAUACAAUGGUAAGAAUAACAUGCAGGCGUGGGGGCUGAUAGUGCUGCUAGUUUCCAAGGCUGCGGGGCACAGUCCGGAAAUACCAGAUAUGGAACAGGACAAAGCAGCGGGAGUAUUGCACAGCCAGCGCGCCCUGGCGGAGGUGACUGAGAUGAUCCGCACGUCGCACUUGGUACACAAGGGUCUGGUCAAUAUGAACACAAGGCUCGGCCCUGGAGAGCCCGACGACAUGAUGUUUGGAAACAAAAUCGCAUUACUCAGCGGGGACUACCUCCUGGCCAACUCCUGUACUGAACUGGCUAAUUUGAGGAACCAGGAAUUGGUAGAGCUUAUGUCGUCAGCAGUGCGAGAUUUGGCUGAGGCCGAAUUCCUCGGGGAGAGAGACGAACAGAACAACCCGCUACCAUCACGACCACUGCCUCACCACCAGAGAGAAGAGGCUUCAGAAUGGGACUGCGUACUGUCUCCGCUGCCAAUGGCGGGUGUGUCAGGGUGUAUGGGCAGGGAGUGGAGCGCCCGGCACGUGUUGGCGGCCGGCGCACUCCUCGGGAAGAGCUGCUCGGCCGCUCUCAAGCUGGCCGGUCACGGUCAGGGGCUACAGACACAGGGUUAUCUUUUCGGUUGCCACUUGGCGCUAGCGUGGCAGGCCUUCCUAGACCUGGAGGCGUUCUCUGGUCCGGAGCCCGCUUGCUUCUCGCUAGUGGGAGCUCCCCUCGCCUUCACCCUCGAAGAACGUCCCGAGCUCUACCGGUACAUAGAGGCUGGUAGGCGGAGUGUUCACGACGUGGACUACCACGCGCUGUACCAGGCCGUGCUGGAGGGGACCGGUAUCGAGCAGACGAAACAUCUCCAGAAUGAACACGUGACUCGCGCCAGGGAGGUGCUGGACUCCUUCCCCAACUGUGACGCACGGACGGCCCUCACUAACAUCAUAGUGGCCAUGUUACCAUAACACACGCCCACACACACUUACACACACACACACUCAGACACACACACACACACUCAGACACACACGAGUAACAAAUAUAUCCAAGAAGAUAAACUUCUAAGCUUCAUAGCUAUUACAGUACAUUACCCAGCCUAUGGGUUAACGUAUAGGCUAAGUGAAUUUUGUAUCGAACCUUUUUUGUACUUUUUAUAUAAAUAUUUUUCUCUAAAGCCUAAUGAAGGCCGCGUCAAAAGUUACAACUAAUAACUAUUUCCUACAUUCCUAUUAGAAUUAUAUUUGAAAGGUCCACGUAAAAGUGAAACAAAAGAAAAUAUAUUACAUCAUAUUAGAAGUAUUAAAAAAAAUAAUUAUUGUCUACUUGUUUAAUGUAAAAAUAAAUAGCCGUAUAUAAUAAUUAAAACAACAUACAAAUAUGUAAGUUACCAAAUAUAAACAAAAUACGGAGAUUAAACAGAUCAAAUAAUUAUUAUUAUUAAUAAAAAGUACUUUUUAAAAUUCAUAGUAAUCUAUGUAUAUUAAAUAUUAUAUAAGUGAUAUUUUUAUUUUAUUUUUAUAUGUUUAUAUGACAGGGCUUUUGCUCUUUAUUAAUAUACAUGUUGAUAAAAA